AUGCUUAAUAUGCAGGACAACUUGGUGUUAUGGCCUUCGGAAAUGGUCGCUCUUCCGCAACCAGUGUUCAUUUUUCUUUUUGCAUUUAUUGUGUGCUUGGGACUUGUUCUCAAUAUGUAUGUCAUCUACCGUAUGAUUCUUCUGAACAAGAGGGAUCGUGAUCAAUUCAUGAACGGAACUGGAAUUUAUCUUCUUGCGAUGGCAAUUUGCGAUACCACUUCGCUAUUGCUUUCUUACUUCCAAAUGUCAUUGUCGCAUUUCACAGAAUCCAUUCCAAUUGAUCUUUUGAAAGUUAUGUGCAAGGCUUCGGAGUUCAUUACAAGAUGUUCUUAUACCUACAGUAUGUACUGUUGGUUGUUCAUGUCAGGUCUGCGCUACUUGGCAGCAUUCCAUCCACUCCGCUAUUCUACAGUAUGGAGAAGCCCGUAUGCAGUUCUUCUACCAGCUGCGGUGGCUACAUUUGUCAUGAACAUGUACCUCCUUACCGCAGUUGGUGGCUCCAAAGAAAACUGCGGAUGUUUCAUUAAACUUGAAGCGCAAGCAGUCUUGUACAGCACCGUCGACGUCAUCAUCUCGACAUGUGUCCCCGGAAUUUUUAUUUUGACUCUUGACCUUCAAGUUUUGUGUUGUCGAAUGCAACGAAAACCAUCGGACCCGUUAUUGCAGAUCGUAUUCCAUAAACUUGAUGAGGAUGCUGAAAAGAAGCGACUAUUAACCAUUCGCCGGUUCAUGCUUGUCACUCUAGUAGCGAUGUCGUCGUGUAUCCCCGACGGUCUUCUCCGCGGAAUCCGCCCGUUCCUUAAUCUCAACGACGUGUUCCUUGUUUUCUACAUUGCCAAAUCCUUGUACUUGACGAAGUUCUCCUUCAACGCAUUCUACUUAUCAUUGUUCGUGUUUGAUCGGAAUCUCAUGUCGAAGACAUCGUCCUCAAGACAUCUGAGCGUGUCAGCGAGACGAUUGGAGGAUGAGCCAGCAAUUUUACCACGUGAAAGAAGUCGGACACUCUCCUGUCGCGGAACAUCACCGAUCCCAAUUCUCACCAGAAACUCCUCAUGUAUCAUUUACAACGAUGGUCCAGAAUGUCCGGGAAAGCAAUGGGUCUAA